AUGAAGCGUAUCUCAAUCGACCCGAAGGAUGAUCCCCCAACCCGAGACCUCCCACUGGCGACUUCCACCCCGGCGCAACUUCCCCCAGCCAAGGCGACAAAGCUUCAUCCAUCCAAAUCAGGCGAAGAGAACGCAACCCUGUUCUUCGUGGGAACGGCCACAACGAUUAUAGAAUGGGCGGGAAUACGGAUUAUGACUGAUCCCAACUUCCUCCACGCAGGCGAACAUGUCCACCUCGGUCCAGGCGUGUCAAGCGAGCGCCUCACCAACCCGGCCGUCGACCUGCACGACCUCCCUCGGAUUGAUCUUGUCCUUCUUUCGCACUAUCACGAGGACCAUUUUGAUAAAAUGGUCGAGGCUUCAUUGAGGCGUGAUCUACCCAUUAUCACGACAACACAUGGGCAGGAGCGUCUCGCUUUUAAGAAACAGGACCCAUUUACGUCUGUAUGCGCGCUUAAACCUUUUGAGCAGAUUGAGGUCAAUAUUGAAGGCACCGAAGGCCCCAGACAGCCCCGCCUGCGUGUGACGGGUAUGCCGGGGAAGCAUGUGCCUCCUAAGCGAGUGGUAGAGAAGCUCAACGCGCUAGCUAAGGCGUUCCCACCAACGAACGGCUGGAUGCUCGAGCUCGGCCACGGCAGCUCCAAUGCUGCAGACUUCUCCUGCGGUUAUCGCAUCUACAUCUCGGGAGAUACCCUGAUGGUAGACGAGCUGCGCGAAAUCUCCAAGCGAUACGCGGACCAACGAAUCGACCUAAUGCUCGUCCACCUCGGCGGUACAACCAUUCCUUCUCCCUUAGUAGGAAGACUAAUGGAACCGCUAGCGUUGACGGUUACGAUGGAUGCGGGGCAGGGUCUGCAAUUGAUCCAGCUAAUCCAACCAGACGUUACGAUCCCGAUCCACUAUGAUGAUUACGACGUAUUUGCGAGUCCGCUAGAAGAUUUUCGGCGCAAUGUGGAGGCGGCGGGGUUAUUGAACAAGGUUGUGUUUUUGGAUCGUAAGGAUCAGUAUUGCUUUCGAGUUAUGGGAUAG